AUGGCAAUAGAUUACAGCAGCGACCCCGCUGUCAACAACUUUCGCGAGUACCUGCGGAUAGCGAGCGUACACCCUAAUGUCAACUAUGAUGAAUGUCUAACAUUCCUCCGUCGUCAGGCCCAGGAAUGUGGUCUAACAGUUCAGGAGUUUGAGCCUGUGCCGAAGAAACCGGUGCUGGUGAUGACGUGGACGGGCGAGGAACCAACGCUGCCGAGCAUCCUAUUGCUGUCACACAUGGAUGUUGUUCCCGUAGCUGGGCAAGAUUGGGACUAUCCUCCCUUCGAGGCGCGCCUCAUAGAUGGUCGGAUCUACGCGCGCGGCUCGCAGGACAUGAAGGCACAUGCCAUGCAGACUAUAGAGGCAGUGAGGAGGCUGAAGAAGAACAAUAUCAAGAUGAAGAGGACGGUGCAUCUGUGUUUUGUGCCAGACGAGGAAGUCGGUGGCUUCGACGGCAUGGCAACGUUCGUGAAGACAGACGCGUACCGGAGUCUCAACGUGGGGUUCUGUAUCGACGAGGGCUCCGGCAGCCCGGGAGACGAGAUCGUGGUCUACAACGGAGCUAAGAGCAUUUGGCAUAUCGAGGUGACAUGUCGGGGACAAUCUGGACAUGGGUCACUCAUGUUCCCCAAUACUUGUGGAGAAAAAAUCCGCUACAUCAUAGACAAGUUCAUGGAUCUCCGUAAGGAGUAUGUGGCGAAGGUCGCGGCGAGUGGCAAACCCAAUCUGCUGGCACUCGGUGACGUCAUAUCUGUUAAUCUUACCAUGUUACGGGGUGGCGAACAAAACAACGUGAUUCCCGAUAAGAUGGUCGCCAGCUUCGACCUGCGACUGCCUCCUUUCUUGGACUUCGAUCAGUUUGAGAAUCAGAUAAAGCAGUGGUGCGAGGAAGCGGGAGAGGCGGUGACGUUCGAUUUCCAACAGAAAGACCCCAAGCCUAAAGACUUCAACCUAGACGAAGUCAUCUACUGGCAGCCCAUCAAGGACACGCUGGAUAAGAUGAAAAUUCCCUACCUAGUCGGCAUCUUCCCCGCCGGCAACGACUCCCGGUUUGUCCGGGAGCUCGGCACUCCCGCCAUCGGCCUGUCCCCGCUCCGGCACACGCCAGUAGCGGCUCACGCGCGCAACGAGAGCCUCCUCGUGUCCGUCUUCCUCGAGGGCAUCACCGUGUUCGAGAACAUCAUACCCGCUAUGUGCAACGCGUGAAAAAAGAGUCAACGUCAUGUGAAACGAGUGAAAAAAAAUAAACGUCUAUCCCCGCGUUCCAUUUAGCGUUAAAAACGAUCAAAACGCUUAAA